GAGACCGGAAGUGAAAGACACGGAAGAAGAAAAUGGAGGCGGCAGUGUUCAUCCUGUCGCUAGUGGACUGCUGUGCACUGAUUUUCCUCUCGGUCUACUUUAUCAUCACUCUGUCUGAUUUGGAGUGCGAUUACAUCAACGCCCGAGCAUGCUGCUCCAAACUCAACAAAUGGGUGAUUCCAGAGAUGGUGGGUCAGUGUCUCUCCACCAUGCUGAUGCUGGUCUCCAUGCACUGGUUCAUCUUCCUCCUCAACCUGCCUGUAGCUGUCUGGGACAUUUAUAGGUACGUGAAGGUCCCGAUGGGGAACAUGGGCGUGUUCGACCCCACUGAGAUCCACAACCGGGGCCAGCUCAAGUCCCACAUGAAGGAGGCCAUGAUCAAACUGGGCUACCACCUGCUCUGCUUCUUUAUUUACCUGUACAGCAUGAUCCUGGCUCUGAUCAACGACUGAAGCCCCGCCCCCAUCAGGCUCUCUGAUUCCCCCCUGCUGCCAAACUCCAGGACAACCCCCCCAAUCUACACACACACACACACACACAUCCUGUCCUGUGUGUGUGUACAGUUCUGCUCUGUCGUCACAAUCUCAGCGUUUACCUUUAAUACGGAGGUUAACAUUUAAUCAUCUAACACUUCAUCACAUCAUCAGCGUAUAAAGAAAACUACACAUCGUAAUUCUCUGUGAUCUCAAACAUCCUCACACCGAAAGAUCCAAAAAAUGAUAGAACACUCACGACAAGAUAGGAAGAGAAAACCCGCUGUGUGCCAGCGUGAGGUACCUCACAAGAUGUAAAUAAUGAAAACGGAUGUAAACAAACCUGGUGACUCCAGCCUGUGUUAACCUGUUCAUCCUUUUAGUGAGAUCCUACCUGUUUUAAGUAUGUGAACCACAUUCAUGCUAGCCAGUGUUAGCCUCAGUGCUAAUGUGUUUACAGAUGCUUUGAAACAUCACCAGCAGCUAGCCUCUCUCUCUCUCUCUCUCUCUCUCUCUCGCUCGCUUGCUCGCUUGCUCUCUCUCUUUCUCUCUUUCUCUCUCUCUCUGAAAAAACCAUCCAGCCUAAAUCUCAAAUAUAAAUCAGUGAUAGGUUUAUGAAAUAAUAUUAGACCUCAUCUCUAAGGCCCUCACAUCAGCAGAUAAUCAGAACAUCAUUGUUGACAGAGUUGGCCAAUCGGAGGAAAGUGGGCACGUAGGGAGGGGGGAUGGGGGGGCGCCUUAAAGAGACAGUAGCUGAAAUGAGAGAUUUUACAGACAACAGUAUCAGAUAAAUAAGGAGGUUUUUUUUGGGCUACACAUCUCGCUGCACUACUCAAUCGGUUUCCCAGGCGGACAUACACAUACCAAUAUCAGCUGUUUAAAAUUGAUAACUUAUUAUGUUAAAAUAAUAAAAGACAAUAUUUUAUGUGCAGGUCCUCAGGAGGCCGCUGACACAAAAAAAACUACUGAAGAAUAAAUAUUUAACAAUUAAUAUACUGUAAUUUUAUACAACAUAUGUCUGAUCUGCUGAACGUGAUGGAUACAGUGCUGGAAGGAUUGUUAACUAUGGAGUCAGAGCGCCCUCUGCUGGACAAACUACAUGACGCUAUUCUAACCAUACAUGUUUUGUUUUUAAAUUCAUAAAUAUGGAUCAGCUGAAGUAA